AUGGGAUUCGAUGGAUCAUUAAGACCAAAACAACCUCGACCUUACUCACAACCGCCAUCAUCAACUGCAGGAACUGCAUCGAACGGAAAUCAAGCUUAUAAUCGUGCAGCCGGGCUGCCAACAAACCGAGCAGCUCCCUCUAUGUCGGGAUCAGCUGGAAUGAGUAGAACUUACCUGAAUAGCAGUUCAUACAUGGCUGCUGGAAAUACGACGAUGACUCAAAUGACGACUGCUUCUACGCCAGGAGCAGAUUCUAUUCAGCAACUGUCAAUUCCACCACCGCCUACAAGUCGUCCACUGUCUGCUUAUGAUAUGACUGUACCUGAGGAAUCAUCGAAAAAAAUGGAAAUUGAAACCAUCAAGGAAGUGAUUAAAAGAGAACCAGGCUUAGCAGAACGUGUUACUUCUCUUAAAGUCAAUGGCAUCGGUUUUGAUGUUGAUUUCGUGAUUGGUUCGGCGUCAAAUACUGCACAUUUCGAGGCUCAUCGUAUUGUGAUGGCUGCAGGGUCAAAAAUACUUGAAAGAAUGCUUUUCAGUGAAACUGAAUCUUCAUCACCAAUGAUUAAGAAACGGAAGGGACCAGAUCUGAACUGUCCGAUAGUUACAAUACACUUCUCUGAUGUUGAUCCAAUUGCUUUCCAAACAAUUAUUGAUUAUAUUUAUUCGGAUUUCGACGAAACUGCGAUUGAAAUUCCAGAAUCAGCUGUACUCAAUACACUUUAUGCUGCAAAAAAAUUCGAAAUAGCAGCAUUAGAAAAACAGUGUGUUGAACUGCUCGGUGAAUUGACACCGUCAUUAGCAGUCGCACUUUUGGAACAGGCGAUUAACUUUGAUUCAGAGGAAUUACUAGAUCGAUGUUAUCAAGUUAUUGAUGAACGGAGCGACGAAGCACUUUCAUCGGACUCACUUACCGCUAUCAAUAUUGAAACUUUGAAAAAAUUGGUUAGACGUUCAGAAUUAUCCCCAUCGGGAGAAUUGUCAGUUUUCAAAGCAGUGUUCAAUUGGGCAGAAGCGGAAUGUAAACGUCGUGGAAUUGAUGAAACAUCAGAAAACAAACGCCUUGUUGUUGGCGAUGUUCUCAAUGAUGUACGCUUCCCGACGAUGACCGUUGAGGAACUGGGUGAAGCAGCGAACUCUGGUCUUUUGAGUGAUCUGGAAAUUGGUAUUCUCUUCCGUUACGUAACAUCCACGGUUCAUGUGGGUAUCGAUUUGCCCUAUCCCACACAUGAACGGAGAAUUUUGAGUCGAUCGCGAUACGUGGUGCGACGUUUCAUGAACCUGAAUAAGAACACAUGCAAAAAGCAACGCAGUACAAUUUGGUUCAUUGUGAAUCGCGAAAUACUGGUGACAGCGCUUGGUAUAUAUGGCUUAGUACAGAAUGAAACGAAUGCUGAGGGCACCGAAUGGGAAACGACCGUUGAUGUUGAGGUAGCAGCUUCUGGCCAAGCAAAAGCAACUGAUUUUGCAUCUGCGACGUUGAAAGGUACAUAUGGUGAUGGACGUGCGUUCAUUGCAUACUUUAAAAAACCUGCACGAGUUGUAGCCAACGUACCGUAUAGAGCAACGGUGGUAUUCAAGGAAGAAGUUGAAACCUUUGCGGGAGGUAAUGGGCAGGAAGAUAUCCUUGUUUAUGUUGGAUCCGGCGGUGCAAUUGAACAAAACUGUACUGGUACCACUCCAGCAGUUGACCAGUCUUCCGUGGCAGUUUUCGCCUUUCACAACGAUGACCCAAAUGGUAUACGUCGAGGUAUGACACGUGGUCCUGCUGUGUACACCGAUGCUAUCGGUGGAUUCUACAAUCGGCCUAUCAAUAAUGUUGCGCCAAUAUAUUCCGAAGGUUGCCUUUACGAAGGGCAAAUUCCGGAAAUUCAUUUUAUUGCACCAAUGGAAGUGAAAAAAGAAGUUUCAGAUGUUUGA